CAGCAGUCUACUCUAUCUGUGAUCUACAAUGAAUGCCAAGUCUGCAAUCAGCAAAGAAAUUUUUGCCCCACACGAUGAAAGGAUGCUGGGAGCUGUCCAAGUGAAGAGAAGAACAAAAAAAAAGAUUCCUUUCCUAGCUACUGGGGGUCAGGGUGAAUAUUUAACAUACAUCUGCCUCUCAGUGACAAACAAGAAACCAGCUCAAGCAUCUAUUACGAAGGUGAAGCAAUUUGAAGGCUCUACGUCUUUUGUCAGGAGAACACAGUGGAUGCUAGAGCAGCUUCGCCAGGUCAAUGGUAUAGACCCUAAUCGGGAUUCCCCAGAAUUUGAUUUACUAUUUGAAAAUGCUUUUGACCAAUGGGUAGCAAGCACAGCUUCGGAAAAAUGCACAUUCUUUCAGGUUCUACAUCACACUUGUCAGCGUUAUCUUACAGACAAGAAGCCGGAAUUUAUCAACUGCCAGUCUAAAAUUAUGGGAGGAAACAGCAUACUGCAUUCAGCAGCAGACAGUGUGACGAGUGCAGUACAGAAGGCAAGUCAGGCUUUGAAUGAGCGUGGUGAAAGGCUAGGUCGAGCAGAAGAAAAGACAGAGGAACUGAAAAACAGCGCUCAGCAGUUUGCAGAAACUGCACACAAGCUUGCCAUGAAGCACAAAUGCUGAGAUACUGCCCAAAGUUGAAAUCUUCCCAAGAGAAACUGGAAAGGCUACGUUCAGCAGUUCUUACAGGAGAUCCAGGCUUCUGUGUGCUUUUUUCUUCCAGUUCAGUGGAGAUGCAUUCUUUCAGUUUCUGUGCAGGAGUGUUGCAUUUCUACUUUUUUUGACCUAUUUUUGUUCUUCUUUUGUAAUAUUGCUACAUGGUCCUGCAGUACUUUCUACCUGUACUUCAGUUGUUACAGGAGUGAAAGCAAACGGGGGAACUGGACCAAAUGACAAGCUAAUCAAGAUUAAAAUAGUAAUAUUAUUCCCCAUUUGUACAGAUAAUUAUUUAACUGGUUGUGGAUGUAUGUGUGGAAAUAAAAUCCAAAGAAGGGGUAUACUUUUCUUCAUUUUAUGUAGCAUCAGCAGAAUGUGAAUGUUGGAAUUAAACACCUGGGGUUGUAACGGUAGUGGAGAAUAGACUGCUUUGUCCUGGGAAAUGGAAAAACUUUCUUCUAUCCAAUGUAGGAAGUUUUGCAUGUGCCAUCACCAGCAUUCAGAAGUGCAUAUCUGAAUUUUGUAGGGGAAUCUGUUACCAGUGCUGCAUUUUGAAUUUUUCUAUUUUCCCGUCCAUAUUGGUUAUUUGAAUAGUGUAAUGAAACCUACAGAAUGUAUGCUCGAGGUUUCAAAAUUGAGGAAAAAAGUACUUUUUACAUCUGUACACACAUGGCUGUGACUCAGACACAAUCUUGAAUUUACCAAUCUGGUAUAAAACAACAUUUCAUUUUCUUUUUACCUGUUAUUCUGUGGAUAAAGUUCUGUGUAAAUGAGAAUGCAAGGGCCUGGGAAAAUGAGAAUGCACUGUUUUCCAAGUCUUCUGUUUUUCAUAAAUACUAUAGUAAGAAAUUUUGGGAACACUUGAGAAAUUUGUCUGAUUAGAAUGGCUUUUGUGUUAGCUAGUUGUCUGAUUUUUAAAUAGAAGCUUUCAAAAAGCAUGUCUUGGUACAUUAGAACCAUAACUUCUAGUUUGGGUCUCAAUUUUCAGUAUAUUAUCACUGGAUGGGUGAUUCCCUACUUCAUUCUGUAUUCACCAUAUGCAGUAUAUGCACUGUAUUCUCUUACAAAAAUAAUUAGAUUAUUCUUUUCCUUCACGACUGUGUUCUUAAGUGUUUUAAUAGGCUUCUAGAAUGAAGAAAUAAAGGGAAAAAAAAAAAAAAGAUGCUGCACUUUUUUUUUACCGGUGAGCUAGAAUCAGAAAUCCUAGCAGAAGUUUCAGCCUUCAUCUUCUGAAGAUGUGUUCUCAUCUUCUGUCCUCAUCUUACUGGAGAGCCAGAAAGCUGGCAUUAUAUGAAUGUACUGUAUUUUCAUUUUCACUGUAGAAUAAGAUUUUUGCAUUAUUGAUGACACUUUUAACAGUCUAAAUUUAUCAGAGCAGUGCUUGCAGGAGAGAUAAAAAAGCUUCUGUAGUAAUUGAGAAUUAUUCUAGUUACUGUAAACUGAAGUAACUGAAAUCUCUUGGAAAUAACCAUUUUGUAUAAAGAUGCUUGGCUUUAGGAAAACAUUGUCAUUUGAACUAAGGACAUGUCUUGUUAACCAAUUACAUUCAAACUUUACAUCUGUUUUUCCUGUAAUUUAAACUGUUUUAUAUCAAGCCUUUUGUUUAAUCUCAGAGUGGGAAUUAAGCGAUAAAUUUGUCAUCUGUGUAGAACCAUACGAUCAUUUAGAUCUAUUUAGCAUCAGCUUUAACAGUUACUACACCCAGCACUGUCAACUGAAAAGGAAUUUGGCCCCAUCUGUUAUAAGUCAGAAUAGGCUCAUUAACGACAUGAGUUCUGAACACUCCAUUGAGCUAUGUACAAUUAAUGCUUGCCCUGGAAAUGCCAGUAGCUGUCUGAGCACUAUUGUAAUGACUGUUGGUAUUUCUGCAAAUUAACUAGGAUAGCAGUCCCUCAUUAGAAAUGUCUUCUACUGGAGACAAAAUGUUAGGCUAUUAUUUUAAAAAUAUCUGCAUUGGAAAUUAGUCAGGGAGUACGUUUUUGACCACAUAGCUAUCUUCUGUCACGUUCUUUCUUUAACUAUAUUCUGCUGCUAACCUCAUAAGUCUUUCUCUUGAGAGAAAGAAGGAAUAGAAUAGGUUUUGAACUGCUGCCCUCUAGCUGGUCUUCUAAGUUCGUCAAUAAUUUAGAAGUGUCUAAACCCCAGAUGAGAUAGACCUGAUAAGAAUUAGUUGUCUAAAUUCAGAUAAAAAGGCAUGGGGUUUCAGGUGUUUACAUGAAUAUCAACUGGACAGGACAAGGUCACAGUUGCACUGCUAAGUUCCAGACCUUUUGUGAGUUGAAUGUUCUAAAACAUUUCUUUAGUCCCACUGACAGUUUUUUGACUUUUUUUUUUUUCUUUUUAGAUCCUUCAGUUAAGUCUAUUGUAUUAUGUAUCAUAACUCAGGACUUUUAUCCAGCUGUCAAAAGCCAUUUACUAUGGGAAUUCUGAGUAACCUAGUGUUACUGAAUGAAGGAAAGGCUUUUUGUCUGUGGGUUUAAUUUGUUCUUGCUGUUCAUUAAAUGACAAGAUUUGGUAGUUUUUAGAGAAAAAUCAGAGGUGUAUAAAUGUCUAUCCAAAGGUAAAUCAUACAGCAUUGCAAUCUCAUUCUGGAACUUAGCUUCUAGCGUAUAUAACCUAGUAUUAUUAGAUAGUCAUGUACAUAACAUAUAUUAUAAUUCAGGUUAAUGUUUCAUAUGAAAGAAUGUAUUUGUAAAUUGCAACAUCAAUAGUUUCUUUAUCUUUUUAAAGUUCUGCAAAGAACAAAAAUACUGUAUUGUUAGAUUUGACUGUGUACUGCAAACUCUGUCUUACAAGGCUACUUUUGUGUUUAGCAAAAGUUGUGCAUUAUGUGAAAUAUUAACAAAAAUAUGCUCUCUAAAAGUGAUCUUAAAGGUAGGUAGGUUUUGCUAUGAUAUGCCAGAACUGUAAUACUUGCUGGUAUCUAUUGUAACCAAUUUCUUGAAAGUUCUCAAAGAUGUAGAAAUUAUUUUGUGCCGUUCUGGCGGAAAAAGAAAAAAAGUGGGACCUACUCUUGAGUCGUUAAUGGAAACCCUGAUUUUGUCAUUAAAUACUUUAACUGUGAUCAAAAGAAAA